AUGAAAACUGUUCAUUACCGAUUAGCUUUUGUUGUCUUGGCUUUGGCCUCUUCAGUUACUUCUGCCUUUGACCCCAGCCCGCUUCAGGACUUCUGCGUAGCCAUCAAUGAUCCCAAGGCUGCUGUGCUUGUAAACGGGAAAUUCUGCAAGGAUCCGAAGUUCACGACAGCGAAUGAUUUCUCCUUUUCAGGACUCAACAUUCCCAGAAACACAGUAAACCGAGUUGGAUCGAAUGUUACUCUCUUAAAUGUUGACCAAAUACCAGGGCUUAACACGCUUGGCAUAUCUCUGGCUCGCAUUGAUUACGCACCAGAUGGUGGCUUAAACCCACCCCACACUCACCCUCGUGGCACAGAGAUCCUAGUAGCCGUUGAAGGCGCCCUCUUAGUUGGUUUUGUCACAUCCAACCCGGAUAAUCGUUUCAUCAGCAAACUCUUGCACCCUGGAGAUGUUUUUGUGUUUCCAAUUGGCCUCAUUCAUUUCCAGGUCAAUAUUGCAAAAACCCCAGCAGUUGCCUUUGCUGGUUUAAGCAGCCAAAAUCCUGGUACUAUCACAAUAGCAGAUGCAGUGUUCGGGUCAGAUCCACCCAUCAAUCCUGAUGUUCUUGCCAAGGCCUUCCAAUUGGACAACAAGAUAACUGCCACUGCCAGCAGUAAUGCUGACGAGGUGAUCAGGUGA